UUUGUUUUUGAAAUUUCGGGAUCCAAAAUGAUGCUCUACCGGCGAGGCACGCGCCCUCCGCCGGUCUCCCGUACGAUCCCCCACAUCGGCUAGCUCGCGCAAACACAAAACUCACAGAGCCACGGGCGCCAAACUCGAUCCAGCCGAGCGCCCAAAAAUCCGGUGGAAAGGAGGGGAGGAGAGCUCCAGAACCCUAGCCAUGGCCGGGGGGGCAGGAGGGGGGCCGCCCCGCGACUGGCUCUCCGUAGACGAGACGGCGGCGGCCUUCCUCUCCCGCUCCCUCUCCCCGCGCCCCCCCACCCCCCCCCCGCCGCCGCUCCACCGCGCGCCGCUCCGCCCGGGAAACGUUGUUGAGAUCGCCGGCCCGUCUGGCUCCGGCAAGUCCCAGCUGCUCCUCAUGUCUGCAGUGCAGUGCAUACUACCAAAGGAGUGGGAAGGUGUCUAUUUCGGCGGCCUGGGGAAAGCAGUCAUGUACAUUGACUUGGACUGCCGAUUUGAUGUGCUGCGGCUGGCUCAGAUCCUCAGGAAGCGCAUUGCGGCGGGUUGUGGUUCAGUGCAUCAUGAAGAAUUUGAAACUGAUGGUUCAAAAGAUAAAUUCCGUUUGUUUGAAAGUACACUGUUUUCUGAUUGCAUGAAGCGUUUCCUGUAUGUCCGUUGUUACAAUAGUUCCGAACUUAUAGCUGCUUUGAAGAGUCUAAAAUCUCAAUCUGAAGCCAGGAACGAAAUUUUUGAUAUUGGUGUAUAUUUCCUUAUGUUAGACAGCAUUGGCGCAUUCUACUGGAUAGAUCGUGCUCUUCAACCUACUAGAGAGAGUAAAGGGAAAACUCUAUCAUUUCAGAGUAUCACCGAAACUGUUGUCCAGGAGAUACACAAGUUUUUGCAACUUCAACCUAUUUUGGUGUUGGUCACAAAGGCACCUAUUUAUGGUGAAGGAAUCACGACAUCAAACGACUUCCAAAGGGGUUCUUCAAAGUACAUGUCAGAGGAUUCAACACCUUUGGGAUAUCCGAAACGGGAAGAAGAAAGAAAUGGUUCAUGUCGCGAAUACAUGCCAUCUGCAUGGCAGACAUUUGUUACACACAGGAUAAAGUUGCAAGAUUUAGCACAAGAACCAGGGUUUUUCUCUGAGCAGGAAAAUGCAAUCCUUUCUGUGCAUACUUGUGAGUGGGUGCAGCCUUCCCUGAACUCAAAAGAGAAGUUCUAUAUCAAGGAUGACGGUGUUGGCCUUAUACAGUGAAGCCUAUCAGUUUCUGUGCUGGCAGAUAGCAUGACUUGUCCGACCUCCUGACAGAACUGUUGUGAUCUGUGAUAAACGUAUGUAUGGGAAUGCUUAAGUAAUAUCUCUAUCUUGGUCCUCGGGUAUUAUAUGGCACAGAACCCAAAAGCAACAGGGAUAUUCUUUUGAAGGUAACCGUUUGUGCUGUCUUCUGAUAUUUGGCAUGGCAUGAUCACAUGAUGGGACCUGACAUUAUAAUUUACAAUUUUACAUUGCUCCAGGGAAAAGCAGUACACUUGCUGUUUAACUUAACAUCAGAAGGUGAGAUGGAGAAACCAAGGUGAUAUGCUCAAAGAGGCACCAGUGAUUCAGCUGGUAUGACCUUCCUAGUCAUGUAGUAGCCCAUAUUCGAGCAACCCUGAUGAUGCCAUCAUAGAUGUCGCUUCCUCUGUUCCUAGGGGUUUUACAGAUUCACGUAGUUUAGGACUCGUCUGAGCCCCAGAAACUGGGGGGCUUAAGUUUAUAGGGUAUGGGGAUAGGUACGGUCUGCGUUGGACAUAAAUAGGGUCUAAAUUUAACUUGUUGAUUUGUUCAAGGCCAACUGUUUGGCUAGUUGUCGUGGAAUCAUUCACCAAGUUUUCAGCCUAGGUCUAAACUAUUAUUUAUGUACUAAUAUAUCACCAGCCCAUUGUCUUUUGUUCA